UGCUUUGGAUGAUAACUUGCCAGUUUCUUGCACAGCCACUGACACCAUGCAGCCAGUAGCAAACGGCCCUUCUAAUCCAGAUGUGAAAGUCAAUGGAGAUCCUUCCAGCUCAGUUAGUUCUCCCAUGAGUAUGGAUGGCCAGUUAUCACCAAGUGACCAGGUGUUUCGCAGUCCCAGUCCUUAUUCUACCAGUAGUCAGAGUUCAUCAGAAGGGUUCAGAAAAAGGGGAGACUCCUUGGGCUCGAGUGGCAGAUCCUUCGAGUUUGGGAAAUUCUACAACACAAGUUACUUGAAGGAUGGAGACCCAAAUUACCUGAAAAGAGCUUCCUCUGGAAGGAUAGUACCUGGAAAACCUUUGUCACCAAACUUUCACAGACCAGAAAACUUUUCAUACUCAACAAAAUCAGCCACACUGAGUAAUUUGGUGAAACCAACCAAAAGAGCAAGAAGUUAUUCAGCAGAGCCUGUAACAUCAAGCGCAAUGGGGGUUCUAGUCAAUUCUAUUCAACGGCGCCAGAUCAGAAGCAAAUCCCCAGUAGCACUCAAUAAUGAAGAACCUAUAAAGCUCAGCCAUUUUCCUGGCGGACAUAGACCUGCCCCCAAAGAGCCUGCGCCAAUUGAGAGAGAUGACUGGCCGGGACCUCCCUGUGCAGCCGCUGUCUUUCCUGAAAUGAAGAAGCUCAGACAAAAGUCCAAACAAAAUGUGCCUCCUUCGGAAGAAUCCGAACAAUUGGAUGAAGAGGACCCUGUUAAGUUAGCCGCAUUCCCAUCUGCCAAAGUGCCUGAGCCAAAUCGUCCGCGGAAGAUCGAGCGAGAUGAUUGGCCAGGGCCUCCGUCCUUGGCAGUUAUUCUUCCAGAAUUACUGAGAGAAAGGCGAAAAAGCAGAGGGGAAAAAGAUGAAGACGAGGAGGAAGAAGAGCCUCCUAUUGAUGAGAAAGUGCAAAAAGAACUUGUUGAACUGGAAAAAGCUUCCAAAGAGUCUCCCAUGAGUCAGUCCAUACUUAAAGAUCUGCAGCAUAAGGUGGAGAUGAAGAAACAUAAAGUCAUCGAUCCAGUCAGCGCCUCACGGACCCCUGCUGCUGAUCACGAGCCAAAGUAUCGAACGCGCUUUGAAUCACACCAUUAUGCAUCUCCAUCAAGGUAUGCAGACCAUCUGCGUAGGCAUUCUGAAGAUUUGCUACAAGGUUCUCCCAAUGUUUACCCGCGUCGUGACGUGCGCUCUACGUCCACACUGCCAGGACACAUGUCCCCGCCCAAGCCAGGGUACACGGGCGGCUGUCUGGCUGGGACACGCUCCAAGUCAGCCACGAUGCCAAUCAGUGGAGGGCCACCCCUAUCUCAUUUCUCAUUCGACAUAGAUCACAGUCAUAGUGGAGAUGAAUUAGAGAAACUAGAAAGGAGAUCUGCAUUUACAUCCACAUCCUCUAUGUCCAAUGAUGGUGUAAAGAGACUAUCUCAACAACGAACAACAUCAAUAGCUGAUGGACCACCUUUUGUAAACUCAGCAUUAUUGUCAAACAGUCGAAAGAAUUUGUUCAUGGCUCGGGAAGAGCAGAACAAAGAACCAGAUCAGCCGAUACCAUAUGAAGAACUAAUAUCUAAUCCCCCAAGAGGACUGGAUAGAAAUAAGCUAGAAGCGUACUUAACCAAUGCAGAGUUUGAGAGAGUGUUCAUGAUGACGAGGGAGGCUUUCUACAGAUUACCAGGCUUCAAACAGAGUGACCUGAAGAAAAAAACACACUUGUUGUAAAACAACAACAACUACAUUUUGCCAAAUUGAAACCAGAAAUGAUGGAUCAUGUGGACCCCAGCCAUGUGCCACAGGUUUCAGUGAGUUGGCAAAGGUGUCAUUGAAAAAAGCACUACCCUUGGCCCAUUGUUCUCUGCAUCUACAGGCAUGUCUGUCCACACGCAAAGCUUGGUCAUGACUAUUACAUGUACUGUGAGAAGGAUGUGUCAAAGCUUCCAGCUUCAGUUCAAGGGGGUGUUUUACUGAAACAUACAGUGCUAAAUUGUACUUUGCUUCUUAAACAGAUAAAGAUGAUAAACUGAAAGUCUUUUUGCAAUGGCUGGUGCAAUUGCAGUUUCAAGAACAGUCCUUUGGGUGGUUAAUGAAAGCACAGAGCUUGGUUGGCCUUUUGAUUCAAGGGCAAUCCUUCAAGCCUUACACGAAGCGAAGUGGCCAAAUUGGAUUGUAGCUUCAAGAGCAGUCCAGAAAAAAAUCUGGAAAAUCUCUGCAGUAGCCAUAUUGGAUUGUAUCCCAAAAUGCAUUGGGGUAUGCACCUGUAUAUCCCAUCAGCAGCUUUUUCAACUUGGAACUUUUCGUGGGAUGUGUGAUGCCUAUUGGGUGCAACCCAGCACAGUCACUUUUAUAUAAAUACAUAUAUAUAGCAUGGAAUUAUAUGGUACCUUUUGACAUUUCUAAGGUGGCCAGUUACAUGUAUAUUGUUGAUCAAUAUAGACAUAUGAAUGUGAAUGGACAUCAUUAUAUAACCACCUACAUGGGACAAGGUGCCAUACGUUUGUGACUGGGCCAGGAAACAUUAUUAUAAAGGAAUAGAAAUAACAAAGAAUUCCUGCUAGUAACCACCCAUGUAUAUCUGCUUACUUCGACCUUGGUUGUCCAUGAACUUUGUCUACAUAGAAGUUUAGGUUGUGCAUGAAAUGUACAUUAAUGUGUUCCGUGCAUCAGGGAUCUGGGGCACGGUAAGUGAAGUUCAAGUCCCUGGUAGUUCAUACUUUGUAACACAUGAUUUGGGCGGCAGCACUUAUAUAAAAGUUAAUUUAGAAGGGCCUUUUUUAUUUCGAAUCCCCACACCUUAUCAUAUAAAUUAUCAAGUAACUAUGUUCUUUUAAAAUCUGUAAAGAUAUUUUUAUGAUGAAGGUGAGGGUGCUUUCUUGUAACCAUUGGCAACAUGAUUUUGCCAUGGACAUUAUCAUGACAUCAUGUGUGUAUAUUAUUCUCCUAUUUAGAUCAGUCUUUUCCCUGGGUCUUUCUCUGUUAUUAGAAUACUGUUGUACUUUUUUUUUUUUUUUUUAAUCGUGUUCAUGCAGGGACUCAUUGCCCGGUGUCGGUGUUCUUUCUAAUUGUGCCAUAUUACACCUCUUAGUGUCAGAAGCUUCUGACUGAAGACAAGAUGGGAUACACAAAACUAAAAAUGUGUAACAAAAAGCACAGCUUGUGUAAAACUUACAAUAUUGUAAAAUGAUGACCCACUUUUACUCACUGUAAGUUGUAAAAUGUAACUUGCUAUUUCUCAUGUUCUUAAGGUUAAAGCCUCAACAGAUUUAUGUGAAGCCUGAAAAGAACUAAGUACAUAUUGAUGUCUAUGUGAAUUCAUAUUGGUAACAAACAUAGCUGCUACAUUCAGGUUGUAGGCAUCCAUCUUUGUUUUGUAUCUAAUAAAACCUUAUUUUGGUGUCUCAUACAAGCUAAAAGUUUGUACAGAAUUAGCUCAAGCUGCUGGUGUCAGAUCAGCAGAAUUACGUAGUAUCUGAUCACGCAUGGUAGCUAGUUGAACAUGACAUGGAAUUCAGAAUGAAAUCAAAAUGGUUUGUGCAAUAUAUGAGUUUGAGUUCCGAGAUUGCCAGAACAGUGCCAGAUACCUCAGGUUAAGUUGCAAUCCACACAGCAUAGGAUAUUUUUUGUCUUACAAGUUUCAGAAAAAUUGUCAUAAUAACAGAAGAAACUUACUCAACAUUGGAAAGAUAUUAGAUAUAGAAAUACCUCUGCGUUCCUCUUUUGAUUUGCUUUUUACAUCAUGUUUGAAGAUUUUAGUAUGAGGUCCUUUGAGAAUGAAAUUAUGCAAAGUUAAUGCAGAAAAGGGGUAAUUUACUUCUUAGUUAAAUAUAUAAAAAAGACAUUAAGAGAUUAGUGUACACGUAGUGGUUUUCAAUUUAAUCAAGAAAAUUGAUUUUACAGAGAAAUAGAAAUUGAGUGAAGUAGAGUCUAUUGAACUGAGGGUAACGAAUCACAUUUAAUGAUUUAAUACCAGACUGUGUUAAUGGUGUCGAUGAAUUGAUAGGAAAGUUUUGAAGUUUAUGCAUGUAGCCAUGUACAUGACAAAUUUUGUACAGAGCAUUAUGUUGCUUUCUUUAUUAUACCAACAUAGAACUAGUUUUGGAGCUAUUUAUUGUGCCUUUUGUAAAGCCUAGCUUUACAUUGCAUUUUGUAAGUUGUACAGGUAUAAAUUCACCCUCAUGUUACCUAGAAUUUUAGUUCAUCCCAGCUAAAAAAGCAGGCCUCGAUAGUGUGUGUAACUUAAUUAGUGGUGCAGUGCCAAUUGUAUAGAGGAAAACAUUUGAAUUAUUUUGCCCCUUCCUUUGUUGCUGCUGUAAACUUCACACAAUCAUAUUAUCUCAACACUACGUUUAUGUUGUGCAUGCCAUCAGCAGUGCCAGAUAUAUUGUUUGUGCCACAGCAUAUAUCUUUCCCUCACAUGUAGAAGGCAUACCAGAAUAAAUUCAUGUUAACAGGUGAUGGUUCCAGCCUGGGAUGUCUUUGCUGCUGGACAGAGUACAGUCCUGUAUUUUUUGCUGUAAUUGGCUUGUUCUAAGGAGCUUCACUUGUUCAGCUUUUCGUGUAUGAAAUGUAGUAUAUUUGACACUUCUUAGCAAUACACAUUUGUCACUAUCUGGUAUCCUUCAUAUGAUCAGGAGGUGGGGAUAAAAAUUGAGUUCAAGGCUACAGUAAUUGUAUUUUAUGAUCAUCAGUAUAAUUCAUCUUUAUUGUAUAAACGGCUUCUGAUUGUGUGAAACAUUUGUGUCAAGAAUUAAAAAUGAAAUUGCUUUUUUUGA